AUGGACGGUGAGAAAAGGAAAAACACCAGUCUCGGUGACGUCUCCUUUUCUUCUUACCAUACCACCGCAGAAGAGAUCUUUGUUCAUAACUUUGCAGAACCUGGGAAUAGGAUUAAGCAUCCCCAGGUUGCCAUCGGACGACUAGAAAGGAAUAAGACCCAAGUUAGUGAAAUCAGUGUAUUUGGAGCUGAAAAUUACUUCAAUAUGAAACUCGAUGAUGGUGAUGAUGAUCUGCUGCAUCCGGUGGGUCCACGCCGCUGGCCUGGGACACCCACUGCCAGUUCCGAAGCAAGUUGGAGUAGCCAAAGCGUUUUGCUACCAAGUUUCAGGGGGAAUCGAUCCGUAAACAAACCAAAAAGGGUUGAUGGAAGGAGCUUCUUUUUCUCUAAUCUUAGCUGCACCGGGUCUUGCUCCGAUGGGAAAUCUGUUUACGUCAAUCAGAAUGUUGAUCAUGGAAGGGUUCAUGCAAAACAGGUGAGAAGGAAACUGAUGGAAGCCAAAGAUAAGUUUGAUCAGAUGAGUGCCGGUUCUAACAGAGAAGUGUGUUUCCGAUCGCCGGUUCUGAAACUCAAAAGACAAAUGGAUGAUCCACGAAAUUCCCUCGAAGUAUUCGGAUCCACUGCGAUGAAGAAAGGGGACAUAACCAAGAACCUUGAAAGGAAACUGUCCAUGUUAACUUGGGAUGCCAUCCCAAAUGCCCCGACCAUUUCAUCUGUUUCGAGAAGUAGCCAAGCAGGCGAUGAUGUCGAAAGCGAUUGCAGUUCAGAUCUCUUUGAGAUUGAUAACAUAUGCGGCGAUGGUCCAGCCGCGUUGUUCGCAAGGCCAAGGCCAGGGCAUGCCUCGGAUGGCAUGUCUAGCUGCAUGACACCACCGUAUGCACCGAGCGGGACCAGCGUUGAAUGGAGCGUCGUCACCGCCGGUGCAGCGGACUGCUCAUUCGUUUCGGAUUAUGAUGUAAAGAAACCAAACGCAGUCGCCACCAAAGUGGCGCAAAGAAGCCGAUCAGGCGGGAUAUUGGGGUGCAAGAGUCACAAAGCAGCCAUGGUUGCUGAAACUGCAUACACAAGAGACGGAAAAACGAAGAGUCCAAGCAGCAUAGUUCCUAAAAAGCUGUUUCCAUACUGA